AUGAAGGCGGUCCAGUCGGUGGUUUUGGGAAAUACCGGGCCGGAUCAUCCUGACCAAAUUCCCUACAUACUCACUUGGUUGGAUAUCGCCACUACCCAUCCCCCUUAUGUCAGGGCCUAUGGUCCCCCCGAAAGUCGGGACACGCGCUUGCCGUCCCGGCAGAAGCGCCCCUCCUGCUGUCUGGGCAAGGCUAGUGUUAUUCUGCCAGCAGUCCCGUCAGGCCGUCCUGCCCCGGAGUCCAAAAAAACCCAGACCGUUUUACCAGAUGAGACCGAUCCUCUGGAUUUUCCACCCCUGCCCUAUCCCGCUCCUAGCCCCAGGCCGCCUACUGCGCCACCGGCUCCUCAGGGGUCUGUGGCCGGGGACAGGGAGCGUGGCUGUGACCGCCACCCCGAGGGAUCGGGUUCGCGUUCUCCCUCUUGCUCUGCCUCGCCUCCUGACUCCCCACCACGGCGCAUUUGCCGCCCACGACGGGCCUGCCACUCCUGCGACCCUUCCCCGGAGCGUCCCAAAGGGGUCAAGCCCUCAGCUCCUCCGGCUCUUCUGCCACUCCAGGAAGUGGCUCCUGCCCCGGGGGCGCAGGACGGGGCAAGACCCUUCCUGGUCUAUGUGCCCUUUUCUACCAGUGAUCUGUAUAACUGGAAGCAACAGAAUCCCUCUUUUUCGGAAAAACCCCAUGGGUUAAUUUCCCUCCUGGAAACAGUCUUUCACACCCAUCGCCCUACCUGGGACGACUGUCAACAAUUGUUGCAGGUGCUCUUUACGUCGGAGGAACGGGACUGCAUUCAAAUGGAGGCUCAAAAGCAGGUCUUGAGGGCGGAUGGCCGACCAACAACCGACCCGGCUACACUUGAGGCAACCCUCCCCACCCAGAGACCAGAUUGGGACCCAAACACGGAUGCAGGUGAAGGGGCUCUGACCAGGUACCGCCAACUUCUACUCCAGGGCCUUAGGGGAGCGGCCCGUAAGCCUACCAAUCUGUCUAAGGUCAGUGAGGUAGUUCAGGGCCCCCGGGAGUCCCCUGCUGCUUACUUAGAAAGGCUUCUGGAGGCAUAUAGGCAAUAUACCCCCAUAGACCCCUGAGCCCCCGAGAAUGCAAGAGCAGUUAACAUCACUUUCGUAGCCCAGGCAGCCCUGGACAUACGGAAAAAGAUUCAGAAACUCGAUGGGUUCGAGGGAAAGAAUCUGUCUGAGUUAACUGAGGUUGCCCAAAAGGUCUUCAAUAAUAGGGAAGACCCCGAGGUGACGGAAACAAAAAAAUUGACCAAGGUGGUCUUGGCCACCCUGGGUGGUUCAGCCCCGGCACGACGGGGCCGAGGCCCAUUGGCCAGGGACCAAUGUGCGUAUUGCAAGGAGCGAGGACACUGGAAGAAUGAGUGCCCUCUUCGGCAAGGGCCCCUCCGCGGGCAGGUGUUCCCGGCACAAACCAUCUUCCCAAAAGGAAUAUGGACGGGCAUUGUGUUGGGGGAAGGGCUCUCCCAGUGGGAAGACAAGAAGGGGGUGGGAGGCCAGGGCUCCAUGAAUCUAGGCCCCCGGGAGCCACUGGUCACGUUAACCGUGGGGGGGGGGCAACCGACUACGUUUCUGGUUGAUACAGGGGCAGCUCAUUCGGUUCUCAAGCGGCCCGUAGGCCCCCUGUCAGGAAAAACUACCCAGAUUGUGGGGGCCACAGGACAGCCCAAAUCACACCCCUGGACGUCCGCCUGGGUCACGGACCUGGGCAAAGGGACAGUGACUCAUUCCUUCAUGGUCAUUCCUGAGUGCCCCUAUCCGCUGUUAGGCCGAGACUUGCUAUGCAGAUUAAGGGCACAGGUCUCGUUCCGGGACGAUGGCACCUAUUUGACAAUCGGUCAACCUUCUGAACCACUUCCUCUAUUGGCCCUAAUGGUGCCUCUGCAGGAGGAGUACCUCUUCUUCCAGGCAGAGGUCGAGGCCACGGGAGGGUCGAGGGCGCUUUCCCAGAUGCAGCAAGAGAUUCCGGGUGUCUGGGCAGAGACCAAUCCUCCGGGUCUGGCCGCUCACCAGCCUCCUGUGGUAGUACAGGUCCUGAGGUCAGCCACCCCUUUCCGUAAGCCACAAUACCCCAUUUCCACUCAAGCAAAAUUAGGUAUUAGAAAACAUAUCCUGAGACUCUUGGGGGCUGGUAUCCUCGUCCCAUGCAGGUCUCUCUGGAAUACCCCUCUCUUGCCGGUUAAAAAACUGGGAACAGAGGACUAUAGGCCUGUGCAGGAUCUAAGAGAGGUAAAUGCUAGGGUGGAGACGGUCCAUCCCACUGUUCCGAACCCCUAUACCCUGCUCAGUCGGCUGCCCCCUGACCAUGAAUGGUAUUCUGUCCUUGAUUUGAAAGACGCCUUUUUCUGCAUACCCCUCGCACCCGUAAGCCAGCCUCUUUUUGCAUUUGAAUGGACUGACCCUGAACAGGGGAUCUCUGGUCAACUCACCUGGACUCGAUUGCCACAAGGUUUCAAAAACUCCCCAACCCUCUUUGAUGAAGCCUUAAGUAGGGACUUGUUCCCCUUUCAGGAGUCCCACCCUGAAGUGACGCUACUCCAGUACGUGGAUGACCUGCUCCUGGCGGGGUGCUCCGAACAAGUCUGCUGGGCCGCAACGCGGGAUCUUCUCCAGACUCUUUGUACCCUCGGCUAUUGGGUGUCCGCUAAGAAGGCUCAAAUUUGUCUCCAGCAAGUCUCUUACCUGGGCUACACUCUCUCUAAGGGGACGAGGAACCUUUCAGCGAGUCGGAUGCAGGCUAUUAUGGCCAUUCCGACUCCCACCACCAAACGGCAGGUACGUGAGUUCCUAGGGGCAGUGGGUUACUGCCGAUUAUGGAUCCUAGGGUUCGCUGAAAUUGCGAAACCCCUGUACUCCAGCACGGGGGGAAAGGGAGACUCCCUCACCUGGACCGAGACUGAACAACUGGCAUUUUAGGCUCUCAAGAGGGCUGUUACUUCCGCGCCUGCUCUGGCCUUGCCGGACCUCCAGAAACCCUUCCAGCUGUUUGUUGCCGAAGUCCGAGGGACGGCCAAGGGGGUCCUAACUCAAACCGUUGGACCUUGGAAGAGGCCAGUGGCGUAUUUGUCCAAGCGGCUGGACCCUGUGGCCGCAGGCUGGCCCACAUGCAUGUGGGCCAUAGCCGCCAUGGCAGUGUUGGUUAAAGAAGCAAAGAAGCUGACCCUGGGCCAGGACUUGCAGGUGAUCGGAGCCCAUACAGUAGAAACCCUUCUCAGAAGCCCCCCAGACCGCUGGAUUUCCAACACCCACGUCACCCAGUAUCAGGUGCUUCUGCUUGAUCUGCCCCGGGUCACCUUCUUAAAAACUGCCAUUCUGAACCCUGCAACGCUCUUGCCGGACGAUGACCCCAAGGAACCCAUACACGACUGCUCGGAAGUCCUGGAUACUCUCGCUGGCAUGCGACCAGAUCUGACGGAUGUACCUUGGCAGCCGCCGGCCGAAAUCCUCUUCACGGACGGGAGCAGUUUCGUCAAAGAUGGAGUCCGCUAUGCGGGAGCCGCAGUGGUAACCGCCUCGGAGGUAAAGUGGGCGCAGUCUUUGGGCCACGGGACAUCCGCUCAGCGAGCUGAAUUGAUAGGCCUGAUCCAAGCAUUGCGCUGGGGAAAGGGCAAGACUGUAAAUAUUUACACCGACAGCCGGUAUGCUUUCGCCACAGCCCACGUACAUGGCGCGCUCUAUCAAGAAAGGGGACUCCUGACUUCAGGAGGAAAGGACAUAAAGAAUAAAGAGGAAAUUUUGGCGCUCCUGGACGCCCUAGGGUUGCCGGCAUGGGUGGUGAUCAUCCACUGUGCUGCGCAUCAGCGAAAUGCCUCGCCAAUCGCCCAAGGGAAUGAUUUUGCUGAUCGAACAGCCCGGGAGGUGGCCCUACAGCCAGUACGGCCCUUCGAACUCCUUCCAAUACAGCUCCGCACCCCCACAUCCUACCAGACCACCCGACUUAUUCCCAGCCGGAGAGAGACCUGGCCACCAGCACUGGGACGCGAACUGGUUAGCCAAAUUCACCAGGCCACACACUUGGGCUCGACCCGCCUGUGUCAACUUGUGCGCUCCUGGUUCUACCUCCCUGGACUGUCCACUAUAGCGGCAUCAAUAUCUUCCAGGUGCCCUUCAUGUGCACAAGUCAAUAUCGCACACUCAAGGGGGUGCCCGGGCGAGCGAUACAGGGGCUCUCAGCCAGGGGAACACUGGGAGGUGGACUUUACAGAAGUCAAGCCAGGAAAAGGGUGCUUCCAAUUCCUUCUCGUCUGGGUGGAUACCUUUUCGGGUUGGGUGGAGUCUUUCCCCACCAAAGGGGAAACCGCGGUCAUAGUGGCCUGGACACUCCUACACCACAUCAUCCCCAGGUUCGGGUUGCCCCUUGCCCUAGGUUCUGAUAAUGGCCCUGCUUUCAUUGCUCAGGUGUCCCAGGCUUUGGCAAAAUCCCUCGGGAUAUCAUGGACACUGCACUGUGUGUACAGACCCCAGAGCUCAGGCCAAGUAGAACACAUGAACCGAACCUUGAAAGAAACACUGACCAAGUAUACCCUGGAAGUUGGCGGUAGCUGGGUAGAUCUCCUCCCGUUUGCUCUUUUGCGGACGAGGUGUUCACCAUACCGGGCUGUGUUUACACCCUUUGAAAUUGUGUUUGGGCACCCUCCGUCGCUGCUCCCUCAUCUUCGAGCAGAGGAGAGGGCGGGGUCAGUUAACCACACGCUCCUUGAGUCCCUGCAGGCACUGGAUAAAGUUCGUCGGGACAUUCGAAGGGUCGUCAGGCCGAGUCCGCCGCCCCCACCAGGCACCACAACACCCUCACCACCAGUAGAGCCGGGGGAAUGGAUCUGGGUUAAGAACUUCCAUCCUGUCACCCUAGGACCUCGUUGGUUGGGACCGUUCCAGGUGAUCCUAUCCACUCCCACGGCUGUUCGAAUUGCUGAAAAGCCCUUCUGGAUUCACCUCCCCCACGUUAAACGAGCAUCUCCACCAGAGCGGCAACCGGGGGUCAUGCGAAAUAGCCUGGACGUGGUUCGGUCCCGGUUGGAGGAGCGUGAUAAGCAUCGCCAGGCAUCCUCCAACUGGUAUCAACGCUUGUUCAAUUGGUCACCAUGGCUCACCAGUCUGCUUUUGUCCUUGGCCGGGCCCCUGCUGGGCCUGCUAUUCUGCUUGGUGUUCGGCCCGGUACUCGUUCGCUGGCUGACUUGCACGAUUCAGGAAAGAGUUAACGCGGCCAAAAUCUUGGCUCUGACCAUCUCGGCCCAUACUGGCUAUUCCCGACUUCCAACUUCUGACCCCAGUCCCUGA